ACGGCGAUCAGGUUAGUGUGCGCCGCGGGUGCUGGGGGCUCGAGAACCGAGCGGAGCUGGUUGAGCCUUCAAAGUCCUAAAACGCGCGGCCGUGGGUUCGGGGUUUAUUGAUUGAAUUCCGCUGGCGCAGGAUCCUCUGCAGAAAGAGAGAGCGCGAGAGAUGGAGAUGGACAAACGGAUUUAUUUAGAGCUGCGGAACAGGACGCCCUCUGAUGUGAAAGAGCUGGUCCUGGAUAACUGUAAGUCAAUUGAAGGCAAAAUCGAAGGCCUCACGGAUGAGUUUGAAGAACUGGAAUUCCUAAGUACAAUCAACGUAGGCCUCACCUCCAUUUCCAACUUACCAAAGUUAAACAAACUCAAGAAGCUUGAAUUAAGCGAAAACAGAAUCUCAGGGGACCUGGAAGUAUUGGCAGAGAAAUGUCCGAACCUUAAGCAUCUAAAUUUAAGUGGCAACAAAAUAAAAGAUCUCAGCACAAUAGAGCCGCUGAAGAAGUUAGAGAAUCUCAAGAGCCUAGACCUGUUUAACUGUGAGGUGACCAACCUGAAUGCCUACCGAGAAAACGUGUUCAAGCUCCUGCCCCAGGUCAUGUACCUUGAUGGCUAUGACAGGGACAACAAGGAGGCCCCCGACUCCGAUGUUGAGGGCUACGUGGAGGAUGACGACGAGGAAGAUGAGGAUGAGGAGGAGUAUGAUGAAUAUGCCCAGCUAGUGGAAGAUGAAGAGGAAGAGGAUGAGGAGGAAGAAGGGGAGGAAGAGGACGUGAGUGGAGAGGAGGAGGAGGAUGAGGAAGGGUACAAUGACGGGGAAGUGGAUGACGAGGAAGACGAAGAAGAAGCUGGUGAAGAAGAGGGGAGUCAGAAGCGAAAACGAGAACCGGACGAUGAGGGCGAAGAGGAUGACUAAGGAAUGAACCUGUUUGGGGAAAUUCCUAUUGUGAUUUGACUGUUUUUACCCAUAUCCCCUCCCCCUCCUAUUCCUGCCCCCCGAAACUUAUUUUUUUCUGAUUGUAGCAUUGCUGUGGGAAGGAGAGGGGAAAAGUGUACUGGGGGUUGAUGGGGGGUGGGGGUGGGGGGGAGGGGAGGAAUAAAAUACUAUUUUUACUGCCACACUUUAUUUCCCCCCCCUCCUUUUUCCUUGUGUCUGGUUUUGUCCCCAUAAAUGCAGUAGCUUAGUGCACACCAAGCAAGUGUUUGUUCUUACUCUCUGGAGAGGAUGGCUUGGAGGUCUAACAUUUUCUGGUAUGUCCUACAUCCCCAGAGUUGAUCCGGGAGGCCCGCGGCUGGCCUCUGCCAGGUGACUCACAGCCCCUGUCAUCUUCACUAACUCCUGUUCUGGUUCCGGUUCGUGUGGUCGCUGCCAGAGGCACCCAGCACCCCGGUUUGUAAAUAGCAACCGAAAGGCGUAUUUUGGCACUGGUUUGGGGACAGUCCCCAUCUCUCAUCCCUUUUCCCCUUUCCUCCACAGAUGGCAGUGGGCUUUGCUUUUUUGCAAAGAGAACUCUUGUUACUCUGGGGCUGUGAUCCCGAGAGCCAAAAAGAAAAAAACAAAAUAACAACAAAAAACAAAAAAACAAAAACCGGCAGAGUGAGGAGAUACUUGUAAAAUGGGAAAGAAGUGAACCUUCAUGUUUCAACAAAAACAAAACCGUUCUAUUUGGUUCUGUAAAAUAUUAGAGCAACUUGUUUUGCAGAAAUGAUAGGAGAACGCAUCUCAGGCGCUCCAACUUAGAACCCUUUUACAAAUCUACGCUCUGGAGCUCCCUGCGAGAGUCCUCUGGGGUUUUGUUCUGUUUGUUUUCCUUCUCACAUACAUUGGAGCACAGGAAAGGAAUGCAAACUCGUAUUUUCUUACCCGGUGGGACUCUGAAGUGGCCACAGGUUUCUCCUAGGGAAUGCUGUGUGCCUUCUGCGUCCCUCUUCCAGAUCGCUUUAGAAGUGACGUGCUGUGUCCUUCCUACCCUGCGUCUCAUUGGUACAGAACAACUGCCACUCAUUUUUCUCCCACCCUUGAGAAGAGCCAAACUUUGAGUUUUAUGUCUGUUUGUCAUUGAUAAAUUUCAAUAAAUCUUUUUUAUACAA